AUGGCCCUCGUUCGAGAUCCAUAUUUUUGGAAACGGUUCUCAACCGCAGUGCACAUGGACGAAGAGUCUAAAGCAGCUAAUCAAGGAACAAAAACAAAACACGACGCGGCAUCAUGGCUUUCCAGUGAGCAACGAAAGAGCAAGCGUUCAAUUAUAUGGGGCUGUGUCAUUUUCCUUGUCGUGGUCUUGAUCAUUAUUGUCAGUGUGGUUCUCUCGUGGCUUGCUAAGAACAAUUGGCUCCAGCCUCGGUCAAAUAUUACGCAAUGA